CCUUGCCUGAGGUUAUGUUUUCUGUUUUCCUGUUUCAUAUUAACACAAAAGUUCUUAUUUCUUAAAGUAAAUGAUGGAUAUUGAAGCGAAAAUAAGAGAAGACAUGCGCACCCUUGGCUGCAGCUCUGACUUAAAAAUAUCACUGGCUUACCACCUCUACGUAUAUUUAGUGGACGUAAAACUUAUGUACGACACCGAAUACUGUUACAAUAAAGACGUAGACGCUUUAUAUAUAGUCGCGAGGCCUAGUAAACGGGAUAAAAUGAACAUAUACGUGCCCGUGCCUACGCAUGAAGAUGUUAAUAUGGAGUUUAUUGGUGUUUUGCAGCAGAAUUUGUGUACAAUUGAGACCGGACCUAGUAUUAAUUUAGCUUUCAUCGACGGGGAUUUGUCGACAGUUAUCUACACAUUUACUAAAGGUAUAGUCGAGAGGCCGACGCCCGAGAAGGUGGCCGAGAGGAGAAUGCGGGAAGAGCGGAGAAUGUUCAUUGACAAUGAACUAAGGAAGAAAAAGAAUGAAAUUCUCAAUGACGCAAUGAAUGGAGGGUUUGUGGACGACGACGAGUGUCAAGUGAUUGAGUGAAGUGUGUGCCAAGUGGAAAUUGGACAAUAAAUCAAAUAACUGAGUCUGGACAAUCCAUAAAAUUUACAGAAAUAUAUUUUAUUUGAUUGUUAAGGUUUGUCUGUGAGCGACCAGUGAAGCUUGCAAGUGGGCACCACUCUGUGUAUGCCAAGGAUAUUCCAUAAUAUUUUGUUAACAUAAUGUAGCAUAUAGUAUAUAAGUACCUACCCAGUACCCUGCAAUAGAUACACUGGCACAUUGGUCUUUGGAAAGAGACAAUUGGCUGUUUACAAUGGUUUCCAAAAACUGGCGACCAUCCAUGUAUCAUCAUAUUUAUUCAGUAUUUGUUUUAUAAUAAAUAAAUAUAGCCUGUGAUUUUGUCAGCAUAGGAUUAGUAAUUCGGGUAUCUAGCUUAUUUUAUUUUCGAUCUACUUUUUAUUGAUUUCCUGAACAAACUUCUACCCCAUUUUCAUGUUCACAAUAAAUAGGGUACUCUCCUUCUAGUAGGGUUUGCAAUCCGGAUCCAAAAUGUAGGAAAUUAUCCAGAUCUGGAUCCGGAUCCGCAAAUCUUCCCAUAAAUAUCAGAUCCGUCGUGCAAAUCCUACCUACUAGUCAAAUCAGUUUAUUUUAAAGAACUGUCAAAACAAUGUUUAUAUGGAAACUGCUAUAGUGAUGGAAGUCACUUUUUUUUAGUUCUAUCUGAUUUAUUAACCUGUGUCAAAAUAUACACACUAGCUAUGUUUUUCUAAUAACUAUGUGCUGGUUUUUUAUUGUGCAUGUUAUGUGCGGUAUGAAGUAAUUUAUUUUAAAUACAGGAAACAACCCUUUUGUUAUGAAUACUGUGUAAGCACAGUAUUAAUAACGAAAGGGUUGUUUCCUUGUAUCAUUUUGGUGAUCUAAGACGGGAGCAGUGUAGUAGGUUAUCGAGCCGAGGCAGUCAUGUAUUAUUGUUAUCUACCAAUAUCUCCAUUACAAUUUACAUAAAUAAUUGUUUAGUUUCCUAUUGUAAUUUGUUUUUCCUAUAAAUAUGUUGUGUUAAGGAUAAUAUUCUUAUGUUUAGGAUAGUAUUCUGAUAUAACAAUAGACGCAAU